UCACACUGCAAGGAAGAGAAAAAACCUUUAAAAAUUAUUAAAAAAAACAAAUUUAAUCUCUGGGAAAUGUGCCACACCACACUAACGUUUGCGUGCGGCAAAAAAUGAAAUAAAAUAAAAUGUGAAAACUACUCGAAACGAGGAUUUUUGUGGCAGUUAUUACUGCAGCUCGAUGUAUAUGCACGACGUGUGUCAAUAUAUGUAUGUAUACACAGACACACGCAGCAGUGCGUUUGCGUAGGAGGCACCAAAAUAAUAACAGCACAGCAAAGCACCCAUAGCCACAGCAACAAAGAAGUCUCACCAUAUGUUCGAUGCGUCAGAGCGUCAUUGGGCGAACUUGCAGUGCCAAUGUCAAGCCGAUAGCCAGUAGCCAUAGGAUCCGCAACUCCAAACAAGUGUCAGCCAUUUGGGCAGAGCUAGGGAAGCAUAUGCAAAGUGCAAGGCCAGCGUCGGACCAGUCGCGGAGGACACCAAACCGCCCGCACUAUGGGCAAUUGCUUGAAAUGCUUUCAGUCUUCUGCCGAACAAUCGUUGCCAACGUCCUCAUCUCCUAACGCCUCGCACUCGAACGCCUGCCAAACCACCAGCCUCGCCAACUGCUACGAAUCGGUCGGCCCCAAUCCCAAUGCGAAUGACCGUUGCGCCAUAUACAACGAUCGGCCACGCGAAACUGACGAAUUGCUCUCCAGCCGAACUCCACUCAAGCCAGUAAAAGCAAACAAUUGUGAUACUAAGCGUAAUAGUUUUAAGUCUUUAGGUUUGCUUAAUGGAAGUGCACCCACGAUGAGCGAUAUCAUAACAACUGCGGUCAAAGAAUCGAUGGAUGAAACUCUAAUCAAACUGUUCGAUGUGUACAAGGACCCUGACGAUGAAGACAUGAUACUCACUGAUGGCAUCGAACGUUUGUGCAAUGAUCUGAACUAUCAGCCCGACGAGUUCGCAAUACUGGUGUUGGCCUGGUGCCUGGACGCCUCUCAGAUGUGCCGUUUCACCAAGACGGAAUUUAUUGAUGGCCUGCACAAGAUGCGUGCGGACACAAUAGCUAACAUUCGCCUGCGGCUGGAGCAGACAAUUGAGAUGCUUCGGGCGGAUUCUGAGAUGUUCAAGCAGCUAUACCGUUUCACCUUUCGCUUUGGCCUUGAACCCGAUCAGCGCGUGCUCUCUCUGGAGAUGGCAAUCGAUUUGUGGAAACUAGUGUUCACUGUACAAUCACCUGAUCUCUUUUCAAACUGGAUAAACUUCUUAGAAAAGCACCCGAAUAUACGCCGCAUACCGAAGGAUACAUGGAACAUGUACCUCAACUUUACGGAACAAUGUGAUAUAAACAAUUACGAUGACACCGAAGCGUGGCCCAGUCUCUUCGACGACUUUGUGGAAUAUGAAAAGAAUCGUGCGCUGGAAUUGUCAGGUAUUCACGACGAUGAUAACAACAAUGAUGAUCUCCUUCAGAGCCACGUCAAGGCUGGGGAUCUGCAUCACGUUUCGUAGUAUCUGUCUUUAGAGCCAGCAGCUUAAGGCAGCGUUUCACUCGCCAAUUUAACAAUAUAACAAGAACUGUACAUUUUUAAAUUUACUAUUCAUUUGCUCUCUUGCUGUUGCCUAUGUUACCCCUUACAACACGCAAAACAACACAACCCACACCUGUGUGGCCACUUUAGACAAACGUUGCGGUGCUGGCGCUGCUUAAGGAUUCCAACACUCAUCACUCGGCAGUUUGAAUAGCUUGCACACACUUUAGCAAGGGCAACGGACGCAUUUGUUUAUAUAAUUAAAGAC